AUGCUCUGGAGCGGAGAUCCAGUACCCUAUAAAAUCCUGGCUCCGCCACUAGAUCAUAAAACUACGUUAUUUCAAACAAUUUCAUUCAAAAUGACGCGAAUUGUCCCACUUCCAUCGUUGAUUGACGACCAAGAAAUGUUGGAGCGAAAUCCGGCUGAUGAUACCAAUGCUGGAAAUCAAAAUGUGCAACGGCGACAAUCGACGUUAUCGUCAUCGAAUCCGAAAACUGAUUUAUUACCAAUUGAUUGUAUUCUGGUAUACGAUCGGAAUGAUCAUGAGAAAGAUAACGAUAGUGAUGAUAAUCAUCAAAGGAAAAAACGAAAGAAUCCAGCGGAUCGACGACAGAAAUUCGAAGAUUAUCUCGCUAAACGACAAGGAUUAAUAGUUGAACGUAUUAAUUCCAGAUCGAAGAAAGUCGGUUUUGUACGAGUCCAUGCUCCAUUUGAAGUUUUAUUGGUCAUCGCGGAAAAUAUGAGAAUGAGAUUACCAAUCGAAAAAAUUGACGAUGAUGAUGAUGAUGAAGCUUUGUUAGUUAAUCAAACAAUUCACUCCAAAUGGCAUCGAUUUCUGAAAUGGAUAAAAAAGCCAUUUUAUCUUGAUCCAUCACUAAAAAAAAACGAUCCUGAUUAUUACACAGCAAUUUAUUCAUCGAAUGUCGAGAAAUUCAAAGAAUUAUUUGAUACACUUCGUGGAUCGAAGGAAUUAUAUUUCACACCAACAGAAAGAAGUUUAUUAACACAUGAGCUAUUAACCAGAGCACAUUUUGAUUAUGAUGUCGAAGAAAAUCAAACACCUUCUAUCCCUCUUCCACACAUCGACACAACAAUAUCAAUGGAAAGAAGUACCAAACGACCUGGCAUUGAUCGAUUGAUCGCAAAGAAGGUCUAUGAAAGUUAUUUUCCUUUACACGAACCGUUGCGAAAUAUUGUCACGAAUGUCGAUGAUACCGAUCUGAAUGAUCGUGAAAAAUUGAAAAAACAUUGGGCAACGAUGCGACGGUGUUUGAAAUUUCAGCCUUUAUCACUAAUUCGUUCGUAUAUGGGAGAAAAAGUCGCGUUUUAUUUUGCACUUUCGGGUUUUUAUAAUCAAAUGCUGAUUCCGCCGGCGAUUGUCGGAUUGAUUAUAUUUAUUUACGGCGCAGCAUCGGUUGUUUCGGAUCAGCCAACGUCGGAUAUUUGCGGAGAUUAUGGCAAAAACACAGAUAUGUGUCCUCGGUGUGAUCAAACGUGUAAAUUUUGGAAAUUAAAUGAAAGUUGUUUGUAUUCGAAAGCUUCGUAUGUUUUUGACAAUGCAGCAACAGUGAUCUUUUCGAUAUUAAUGUCUUUAUGGGCGCGAUGGUUUAUGGAAUUUUGGAAACGUCGACAAGCAGUUUUGCAAUAUGACUGGGAUUCAAUAAAUUUCGAAGAACAUUUGGAACCUAUUCGACCGGAAUUCGAAAUCAAAGCAAAGAAGAAAGGUGAACAAAGAAUCAAUCCAGUAACUGGGAUCAAAGAACCUUACAUUUCAACUAAAAAACGAAUUCCAUUCUAUGCCAUUGCAUUUGCUGUUGUUUUAUUUAUGGUAGCGAUUGUUUGUGUCACUGUUUUCGCGACGAUUGUUUAUCGUGUUCGAAUGGAUCGUAUACUGAAAAAAGAUCCGAAUCUAAGUUCACGUUCGUCAAUUAUCAUCACCGUGUCAAGUGCCAUUAUGAAUUUAAUUUGUUCGGUAAUUUUAUCGCAAUUUUAUUAUUGGAUUGCAAGGAAAUUAACUGAUUUCGAACUUCAUAAAUAUCAAUCGCAAUAUGAUGAUUCAUUAACGAUUAAAAUUUAUCUUUUUCAAUUUGUAAACUUCUAUUCAUCGUUAUUUUACAUCGCGUUUUUCAAAGGAAGAUUCAAUGAAUAUCCAUCGAAAUAUGGAGAUUCUGACUCCGGUGAUUUUACUGAACAAUGCGACCCAGCUGGAUGUCUAGUUGAACUCUCUAUACAAUUUAUCAUCAUUAUGGUUGGCAAACAAAUCAUUAAUAAUUUAUUAGAGUUUUUCUAUGCUAUUCGUCGUACAAUUGCACGGAUUUUAUUCGAUCGCGAUGAACCUGUACCUCAGGAUCAAUGGGAAAUCGACAAUAAACUAUAUGACUUUAGUUCUAUUACACUGAUCGAUGAAUAUCUCGAAUUAGUUAUCCAAUUUGGCUUUGUAACAUUAUUCGUCGCAGCGUUUCCACUUGCACCGUUAUUUGCUUUGUGCAACAACAUCAUUGAAAUUCGUUUAGAUGCUUGGAAAUUCUUAUCGAAGUAUAAGCGACCUAUUCCAUUCAAAGCAGCUGAUAUUGGUAUAUGGAGUGAUAUUAUAUCUGCUAUAUCAUAUCUCGCUGUUUUAACCAAUGCUAUGGUCAUUGCGUGGACAUCGGAAUUCAUUCCGAAAAUGGCAUAUCGGUCUCUUGAAGCAACAGGAGGAAGUCUUAAUGGAUAUGUCGAUUGGACACUUUCAUAUUUUCCUCUAAGUGGUUAUAACAUUACAGGGAGUGUUCCACCUGGUGCACCAAGUAAUCUGACAUUCUGCCGUUAUCGUGAUUUUCGCAAUGAUACUGGUCCAAAUUAUGAUCAAACUGCUGUGUAUUGGAAUGUCACUGCUGCUCGACUUGCUUUCAUUGUUGUUUUCGAACAUGUGAUCUUUUUUAUUAUUUAUUUAAUGCAAUGGCUUGUUCCAGAUGUACCAAAGUAUAUUCAGAACAAGAUCGAUCAUGAACGAUAUAUUGAUCAACGUGAACGAUGGUCAAGUAAAUUCACCGAAGAUAAUUUGAAAGAAGCAAUGGUGGCCUUAGAAGCGUCAACGAAAAUGAUGAAACUUCCACGUCGAAAUUCGACAAGUUCAAAUAAUGAAACUAAUGAAAAUACAACUCGACCACGAAGUCGAGAAAAAGUCUCAUAA